UCAAUCUUCCUAUAUGCCUUUUUCCUUUCAUCUCUCUGUGUAUAAACAUUUGAAGCUAUAGUGUGUCGUCGACUAUGCUGGAUUUUGUAUGGAAUAAUGAAGUUCGAACGUUUCUCUCUAAGACUCAAAGGGUGAUAUGGGCAGUAGCCUUGAUCGGAAGUCUUGGAGCUUUGAUUGCGUUGGUGGAUCUCGACGGUGUUCGUCGACCUCAUCGGAUUCUGGUCGACACGGAUGUCGAUACCGAUGAUGUUUUUGCUCUCCUUUAUCUCUUGAAGCAAGACACAACACAAUUCGAUCUGCAGGCAAUUACAGUGAACACAAAUGGAUGGAGUGAUGCAGGGCAUGCCAUUAACCAUAUAUAUGAUAUUCUAUUCAUGAUGGGUCGUGAUGAUGUUCCUGUGGGGAUUGGAGGUGAAGGUGGCAUUUUGCAUAAUGGCACUAUCCUUCAAGAUGUUGGUGGCUAUCAACCCAUAAUUGACCAGGGGAUGUCAACAGCUGGGGAAUGUAGGUACAGACAAGCAAUUCCUGUGGCACAAAGAGGACGGCUUGAUGUCAAUUCUAACUAUGGCAUUAGAAAAGCUUUCCUUCCACAGGGUGGCAGGAGAUAUACUCCUCUUCAGCAACCCACGGCACAACAAGUGAUGAUAGAUGCAAUAUCUUCAGGUCCCACAACUGUGUUUCUCAUGGGUGCACAUACAAACUUUGCCAUCUUCCUUAUGAACAAUCCUCACUUGAAGAAAAAUGUCAAACAUGUUUAUGCCAUGGGAGGUUCCAUUAGACCGAACUGUCCAAAGAGUGACGGUUCGGAAAAUUCAAGUGAAUGUUCCGAUGUCGGUAAUCUGUAUCCACAAAAUAGCAAUCCGUACGCUGAGUUCAAUAUGUUUUCAGAUCCUUUCGCUGCCUACAAGGUUUUGCAUUCUGGUAUCCCAUUUACACUUAUUCCUCUGGAUGCAACUAGUACCAUUCCUGUAACUAAGAGUUUCUUCAUGGAGUUUGAAAGGAGGCAGGGUACUUAUGAGGCAAAAUAUUGCUUCCAAGCUUUAAAGAUUAUUCGCGAUUCCUGGUUAAGUAACAUAUUUCAUGAGCAAUAUUGUAUGUGGGACUCUUUUAUGGUUGGCGUAGCAUUAUCUAUAAUGCGAAACUCUCACUAUCAUAAUGGAGAAAACGAGUUUGCAGAGAUGCGAUACAUGAACAUAACCGUCGUUACCUCGAACCAACCUUAUGGAACAUUAGACGGCUCAAAUCCACUCAUUUCAGGGUAUUUGAUGCCAAAGUUUAAUGUACACAAGAAUGGGGUUCAUAGUGGCCAUGUUCAAAUGGGAAUGCAAGACCACUUUUGCCUUCAGAAAGGAAAAGGACUAUGUCAGGACGGUUACACGAAAGAAGAUACCGGAGACGAUGCCGUGCGUGUUCUCGUUGCAGUGAAAGCUAAAGAAAAUCAUGAUAAGGGAAGCUCACUUGUGAAACAAUUUUAUAGAAAUUUUCUGCAUGUUAUAAAUAGCCCCGAGAGAACUGGAAGGUUUGAUAUCAGAAGCCAAUACCCUUUCCACAAGGAGGUUCUUUAUAAACCAGAUUUUGGAAAGAGGACGAGGGGAAAACCGACUGUUUUCGACAUGGAUAUGAGUGCCGGGGACUUUCUAGCUCUUUUAUAUCUCCUCAAGUUACCUGUGGAAUUAAUCGACCUCAAGGGAAUACUGAUCAGCUCAACAGGCUGGGCGACUCCUGCAGCCAUUGAUGUCGUAUAUGAUAUACUACAUAUGAUGGGACGCGAUGACAUUCCGGUUGGUCUUGGUGAAGCAUUUGCAGUUGGGCAAGCCAAUCCAUCUUUUUCUGCGAUCGGAGACUGCAAGUAUUCGAAAGCUGUCCCUCAUGGCAGUGGUGGUUACUUGGACUCCGACACACUGUAUGGACUUGCUCGCGAUUUACCUCGAAGUCCAAGAAGAUACACAGCAGAAAACUCUGUCAAGUUUGGAGCUCCUAGAGAUACCGAUAAUCCUGAACUCAGGCAACCAUCAGCACGUAAUGUUUGGAAGUAUAUAGUGGACUCAUUGGAUCUAGGAACAAAUAUCACUGUAUUGACUAAUGGACCUUUGACUAAUUUAGCACAUAUCAUUCUAUCAGAGAAUGCAAGCUCAGUGAUUCAGGGAGUAUACAUUGUUGGAGGACACAUAGGCAAUGCCAAUGACAAUAGUAAAGGAAAUGUUUUCACGGUUCCCUCGAAUGAAUACGCGGAAUUUAACAUGUUUCUUGACCCUUUGGCUGCAAAGGAAGUUUUCACUUCGUCUGUGAACAUCACACUUGUUCCACUUCAGAUGCAAAGAAGAGUUAAUUCCUUCAAAACGAUUCUUCUCAGGAUGAAUGCCACAGCUCAGACUCCUGAACUUGUGUUUUCACGACGUUUACUUUCGAGACUUUGGCAAUUACAACAAGAGCAUUAUAGAUAUCAUCACAUGGAUCUAUUUUUGGGAGAGAUCCUCGGUGCAGUAAUCUCGGCUGGAAUUUCACAUCUGAACCAGACAUUUGUGUCCAAGUCUCUUAAGGUCUCCGCAGACGGAGACCUUAAAACGAUAGGAGAGAUAACCAUUGAUGAAGAACAAGGAAAACAAGUGAAUGUUCUGGAAAACGUUAAUCCGGAGGCAUAUUAUGACCAUUUCGCUAGGGUCUUAGGUGAUCACAGGCAGUCUGCUGUUCUGGGAAGCUUUCAUGAGCAGGAAAGACUGUGGACUUCACGACCCGGAAGUACGAACAUCGGUCAUAAUCAGAAGUUGUAAAAGUUUAUUAUAAUUCAGCCUAUCCUUUGAACAGUUUGGACAUCCUUUUGAACCAAAUUCUACUUGGUGUCCAUG